AUGUCAGAAUUUAAUGAUUCAGUGGAAUCCAUGGAUGAUAUGGAUCUACUCUGUGAAGACAUGGAUGGCCUAAUGGAUAUGACGGAUUCGGAGGAUAUCCCUAGUGCUCUUAUAAUUGCCAACAUUGAUCAGAGCAUUUUCACUGACCCAGCUGCACAGGCAGCAUUUGAAAAUGUCUUUCGUGAUUUGGAUAAAGAUGUCAGCUUCAUCUACCUAAAAAACUUUCGCCGUGCCAGGCUGCAGUUUUCAUCAACAGAUUAUGCAGCUAUUGCUCGAAUUCGGUACGAUGGGGUCGUGAUUUGUGGACAGAGCAUUAGGUGCUACUUUAUCCAGCCCCGGCCAGCCAAUGACAAUGAUAAUACCUUUCUGCGACCCCCGCAGCAAUCACGCAUGUUCCUUAUCUCCCCUCCUGCAUCACCUCCAGUGGGUUGGGAGUCAAUCCCUGAAUCAGAACCAGUCAUCAACUAUGAUCUUCUGCAUGCCAUUGCCAAACUUAAUCCAGGAGAAACGCAUGAAGUGCAUCCUCCAUCAAUGGCUGCUCCAGCGAUCAUAGUUCAUCUCUGUGAAGAUGACACAGGUUUCCCGGCAGAGAAGCCAACAAAGAUACUACAGACCAGGCGACCUGACGCUAAUUGA